AUGUCUGUAAAUAAUCAGCUGCCUCCUGAGUUUGAGCUACGACCUUACCUGUGGGACGUCGACUUCGGGCACUUUAUUCAGCAACUACCAAGUGGAUUAAGCUUCACAAUCGUUUCUGAUUCCUGCCACAGUGGUGGUCUGAUUGAUAAAAGUAAAGAACAAAUUGGACCCCAUAGUACUCUAAGGGCUAUACCAUCACUAUCUGUUGAUUACAGGACUAGGGGCAUUUCCAUUGAAACCUUAUAUCAGAGCCUACAAACAGCAGCCAACGUUAUGAGCACGACGUCAAGCUUCUUAGACAAAACAGCAGUUGCCAAUGCCAGGAUGAGGGAAUCUGAAAUUCUGUUAAGUGGGUGCCAAGCCAAUGAGUUUUCAAUUGAUAUGCGAGCGAGUGACAAAACCAGAGGAAAGGUAUUUGGGGCCUUUACCUAUACAGUUCUGAAGGUCAUCAAGGAAAGCAACGGUGCAUCAUCCAAUAGACAGCUUGUGGUGAAGGCUAGGAAUGAAAUAAUAAACCUAGGAAUUGGUAAGCAGCACCCUUGCCUUUAUUGCAGUGAUGAGAAUGUUGAUGCAGGUUUUCUUGGCUACCAUCCCAAUUCCCAACACCAGUAUGAGUACGUAAGCUACCAGCUUUCAAUCAGGGUUAUCGAUCGCUAG